AUGCUGGGCUACGACAGCGAGGGCAGCGCCGACGACGGCCCGGCCCCCCUCAGUCCGGUGGCCACGCUCGACGCCGCCGCGCAGGGCGACCUCGACGGCCCCGCGAGCAGCCUCGAGGAGGAAGUCGACCGCUACCGCGAGGCGCUCGAGGAGCAGGAGCGCGAGGAGGAGGAGGUGCGCGGGCGCGGCGAGCCAGCUGGCACCGCGGGGCACGCCGGCCUCGUGUCGCAGCUCUCGUCGUGGCCGUCGAACCUCGACGACGCCGCGGUCGCUGGAGAGGACCGCCGCGUCGGACUCGACAGCCCCAUGGGGGCCGUCCCGCCGCCCCCCGCGCACCCCGCGAGUCCCGUGCAGGAGCGCGGGCUGCAGACGGGGCCCUCGCUCGCGCGCCGCCCGCCGCUCCCGACGCCCGCGUCGCCCGGGACCGCGCACCGCCAGCUCCAGACGGGCCCCUCGCUCGCGCGGCAGGCCGCCCCGGCCGCGCCCGGCGCCGCGGCAACAUCCACUGCAACAACAUCCACUGCCGCUGCGCCGCGCGACGGCGCGGUGGCGACGCCGUCGGAGAGCUCGAUCUCCGCGCGCGGUGGGACGUCGCCGUCGAGCGGCGGGACGGCCGCGCAGGACGCGACCGGGACCUCGGACACCUCCACCCCCCUGACCACGUCGGCCGACAGCAGCGGCAGCACGCCGCCGUCCACGGUGCCGUCGACGACCACCGCGACGACGAGCUCGUCGGAGCCCGCGGCGCGCUUCGGCGGGUUCCGCGGCUUCGCGACCGAGACGGCCCCGGCGGCCGCGGGCGUGGACAUCGGGGGCAUGCCCGGGGACGUCGUCGAGGUGCUGCAGUCGCUCGGCGUGGACACGACGGCCAUGCGGCGCGCGUGGGCGCGCGCGGGCACGACGCCCACGGGCUCCCAGGACACGUCGAUGCAGGCGGCGCGCGCGGGCUUCGACGCCACGGCGCGCCGGAUCCGCGACGACAUCGCCGCCGCGGGGCGCGUGGUGUCGCAGAUGGCCGCCGCGCGCCCCGCGGCCGCCCCCGCCGCCGCCCCCGCCGCCGCCCAGCGUGCCCCCGCGCGUGGGGUUCCCCGCGGACGCGACGGCGGCGGCGGCGGCCCCCGGCGCACCCACGCCGCCCUCCGCGGCGCUCACCGGCGACCUGGGCGACAUGGCCGCGUACCUGUCGGCGGUGAAGCACAAGUACCGUAUGAACCUAAACUCCCCCACCUCGCUGCGGGCCCCCGUGCCGCCGCCGCCGCAAGGCGGCUGGGCCGGCGCGCCACCGCCACCGCCACCACCGCAGCAGCAGGAGGAGGCCGCACCGGGCGCGCAGAUCGUCGCGCGCGGCGUGCAGGUGCCGGAGGGCUACGCCAUCGCGACGCAGACGUCGUUCCGGAGCCAGGCGGCAGCGCCGCCGCCCGCGCACGAGCCCGCGCCGCCGGCGCAGCGCCCGCCCGCGGUCGCGACGGGCUACCCGGUCGAGGCGGGGGACGGCGGCGGAGGGGGGGACUCUGGGCAGACCCCCCCCGCUGA